AACCACAGGCUAGACAGGCACGCAAGCAGCGCACGAGCGUAAACUGGGAAGCCUGUCAACAUGGCACACCUUUCACCCACUUGCAGAUGAGAGUUCGCGUUACUUGCACGUCCGACAAACGAAGUAGCAGCCGGCUCGAAAGCGCUCGUAAACGUGAUUUGAACUCGGGGGCCACUUCACCUGUGAGCUUACAGCUGCUGUCAUGGGAGAUGGAAGUCAAAUGAUUCCGAAAGCUUACGAGUGGCUACCGCUCUGAAGAGUUGCACGCAGCCGUGAUGCCUAUGUGGCGCUGUCAUGAUCACACGGGGUGACUCUCAGGCGCUUUAUAUUUCCCUGGAAUUUUCGCUCCACUUUGCUAUCAACUGCGUGACAUGUCUUUCCGAAGAAUCGGUUGUGUUUUGUGUACACUUACGGUGUUAAAUUGGUUCUGGUCACGGGCAACCCUGCAUGUUUCAAUGGAAGCAAAUUCACUAAAGUCCGACCAACCGCUAAAUCAAUCUGAGGAUGUUAUCCAUUCUCGCAGAAAACCUCGACAGGCUCCCCUAAAUCUCGAUAUGACGACUUCACAAUGUCGUCUAGGUGGAGUUGACGUUCAGUGUCUACCACCGUUUCGGAACAUAGCUCAAGGAAAUUUCAUCCAAGCAUCGUCCACAUGCGGACUUACCAAAGUGCAACGACUGUGUCGCUCCGACGGCACUUGCCAAGUGUGUGAUGUGAAUUCUAACAAAUUGCAUUUUUCCGCAAAUCGCCUAAUAGAUCAGCAUUUUGCACACAAUCAAACAUGUUGGGCGUCGUCUUACGUCCGAGCAGGCAAAACGGAGCACGCUGUCAACUUGACAUUGUCGCUGGGCAAAAGGUUUGAGGUCCACUAUAUUGCUCUACAGCCAUGUUCGAUGGGUACUCUUCCUGAUUCCAUUGCGAUUUACAAAUCUUCUGACUUCGGAAGAACUUGGCGCCCCUGGCACUACUUUUCCACCGACUGUUACCGAGCAUUUGGUCUUCCAACCACCCCUGAACACAAUACACAUAUAACCUCUGCCAACUUGCAAGAGGUACUAUGUGUAGCUCUGCAGCCACAGGAUAGUUAUCUCACAAGACAACUCCGAAGACGCCGCUCCAUGAACGCCAUUCAUACCAUGUAUCAGCACCAUAAGGUAGAUAUGCCUUUCUCUUUGGUGGAACCACCUCCAGACUCCACUAUUGCCUUCAGCACCACUUUAGGCCGCCCAGCCUCUAGACCAUGGAGCCCAGCGCUAAUCGACUGGAUGUCCAUGACAGACAUACGCAUCAGCUUGAUGCGGUUCGCCCCGGUGCAGACAGAAAAUAUAGCGGACCAUAGAGCCAGGCGUACUGUUCAACCGCUCCACAAUGUUCAAGCAACUCGUCAUGGACAGUCUUCCCGCAGAUGGAUGCCUGACUCACACCGAGAUCCUCGACGAGCGUCUCGAAGACAGCGAGAAUCACAGCGAACAGAAUUUAGACCACGCAAAUUCAUGCAAUCGGGCAAUCGCAUUUCACGCGCUUUAAGCGUAGAUUUUACCGACUUAACCUUGCCGCCGUUGUAUCACCAGAACUUGACAAACAGAAGCAUGCUCCUGACCUCUGAGUUGAUCGCGCCCCAUAUUUCCACUCAGUCCAAAUCUCCCGUGUUCACCGUGGAACCUGAUGUGCUCUCCGAGUCAGAAUUCUACGCAUUCGCCGACCUGACAAUUGGAGGCCGAUGUAAAUGUAACGGACAUGGUAGCGAAUGCAUUACGGACAGCUCAGGGCAGCUGAAAUGCGUUUGUGAACACAACACCGACGGGCCGGAUUGUGAGCGAUGUAAACCCGGUUUCAUGGACCGGCCGUGGGAACGGGCCACUUCAAGCAAAGCAAGCGCGUGUGCUCCAUGUGACUGCAAUCUUCAUUCAAGCGAGUGCCGAUUCUCCAAUGCGUUGUAUCUCACAUCGAACCGUGUCAGUGGCGGGGUGUGCGAGAACUGUCAACACAACACGGCCGGGAGAAAUUGUCAACAUUGCGCCGAAGGUUAUUACCGCGACUGGACCAAGCCAAUCAGUCAUGAACACGCAUGCAUACCCUGUCGAUGUCAUCCCAUUGGGUCGAUUAUUCAACACGACUGUGAUCGGCGCAACGGCCAAUGUCGGUGCAAACAGGGAGUGACUGGAAUGACGUGUGACCGUUGUCGAGAAGGGUUUCAUCAAACGCGUUCGCCAACAAAUCCCUGUGUAAAAGAUUUCACUCCCCAAACCCUUGCGCUGGCACACACUACAGAUGUCCAUUGUGCUGCAUGUGAUGCGAACAAAGAAAGGAUAAAAUUGAAGAAGUUUUGUCGUAAGGAUGCCGUUUUUCAAGCGUAUUUCAAAUCAAGAGAACUACACGGCGCGAUGGCUCGAUUCGAAAUGCUUGUAACUCAAGUAUGGCGACUGAACGAAGUGGCUCUCAAAGGUACACAUGCGAUAUAUUGGCCGGCAUCGAUCGCUUAUGACAGUCCAGGAGCUACUCAGGUCGAGUAUUCCGAAGUUGCUGAUCAGGCAACGGAUGAGCAGCUCGUCCCUGUAUGGGUUCGUCUAAACGAGCUACGCUGUAGGUGUCCGGAAAUGGAGCUCGGGAUAACUUACUUGGUGGUCAGCGAUUUUGAAAGCUACUUUCAUAACGACAAGUGGGAGUUACUAUUCACCUCCAAGACGGCCCUUCUACCAUGGAGAUCGAUUUGGAAGCGUCGCUUGAUCCGCUUCAAACGUCGUCAAAUGCGCGGUGCAUGCGAUCGUCUAAAAGAAACAGCGAAGUUGCACAGUAACACGCAGCCAACGCGUCAAAGUCACAGAUAUAGUGAUUUUAGAUUCUGGCACGCUGACCCUGUGUCUCAAGCUCAUCAACCAAGGCCUGUUCCCGCUCGGAGUGCCUAUCACCCUGAUCACGCGGUUCGGAACCGCUACUGGGAGUAUGUAACAUAGAAAAACAUACUGUUCAACUUCAGUGAUUAUGCAAUAUUGUAUAAUGGCCUCAUCACGUUGCUUUUCCCCCGUUUCUACCAUGAAUUGUAUACAUUUCGUUUGUCCCUACCACGGCUCCCUAUACUCCACCUACAUGCCUAGCCGCUGUUUCCCACACACCGUAUACUGUCGCGUGCGACAGCUGAAGUAUAUGACUCUAGUUUUACAAGUGGUCCAACUCUCAUCACAAGCACCUGGUUUAUUUUGCAUGCACAAACAUAGAGAAUUUUGCCGUAUAAGGAGUUGUUGAAAUCAUCUGCUUAUUCGUAUCAUUUUAAACAUUGAAACAUGCACAACUUCGUUUCUUUAAGAAGUGGAAACCGUCGAAAACUUGUUCUAAAUUAUUUAAAAAAGCAACAGCCACAAUGGACAAUUCUUCCUCAGUUUACUGGACAAAAUUUCUUUAUUCGCAGCGC